AUGGCUCGUGUUUCCUUCAUCGCUUUACUCGUCCUAGCGCUGUCGUGCGCCGCGUGUGUGUCUGCGGCGAAAGUGGUUCGCGAUGGAACUCUGCAGUGGACUCUCAUCACACAGGCGCUGCAGAAGGGAGGCCAGCACAGCACCUACCUUUCCAUCGUUAACAAAGCAGGCACGAAGUUUAUCACUGACUACCUCUCCACCUCCACCACUGGCUUCACCUGCUUGGUGCCAUCAAACGCGGCGUUCAAGGUUCAGAAGGCCUCCGUCCUGGCCCUGCCCCCGCGCUUCGUGAAGGACAAGGUUGGCCAGGGAUACAGCACGUUCCGUACCAACGGCCAGAUUCAGAAGUACCAGGGCGCGGGCAAGACUAUUAGCUUGGGCCCGCAGUUUGCGCAGCAGGGCACGCAGCUGGCGAACAUCACCAAGGUGGUGUUCAAGGACCCCACGGCUAUCUGCUACGAGAUCAGCAACGUCCUCGUUCCUCUCAAGUAG